UUUUUUUUUUCUUUCUUCUUCGCCUCUCUUCCCUUUUUUUUUUUCUUAAUAAACAAUGUCCGCUUACGGUGCAGGAAAAGCUAAAGAUACGGAUUUCCGACGUACAUGGGAUAAAGCUGAAUACGCAGAACGAGCUGCUAAACGAGAAGCAAAGGAAAGAUUAGAUGCUAUCAAUGCAGAUCGAAAAAAACGAGGACUUCCACCACUCAAGGAUAAGAAUGAACCUCCUGAACAACCAAAGACAAUGCUCAAAAGUCGUGAAGAAAAGGUGAUUCUGGAUAAUAAUGUGGGCAAGAUACAAAUCGUUACUGGUGGAGCUGAUAAUAAGAGUCAACCAGGCUUUUAUUGUGAAUUAUGUGAUUCUGUAUUCAAAGAUAGCAAAGGUUAUCUUGAUCAUAUCAAUGGUCGAAGACAUCAAUCUAAGCUUGGUGUAUCAAUGAAAGUAGAACGUGCUUCAGUAUCAUCUGUCAAAGAAAGACUGGAAGCUUUGAAACGGAAAAAGGAAGAUCCUCAAGCAAACAAGGAAUAUGGUAAAUGAACAUUACUAUAAAGUGAAGGUAACACUAACUUUUUGUUUUAUUUAUAAAAGAUUUACAAUCAAGGGUAGAGGA